CUCCUAUCCUGCUGUUCUACUCUGUGGUGAGUCUGCAGGGUGAAAGAUCUCCACCGAGGAAUUCAACAGGCUCUGCAGACAAAAAUGUCCCGACACCGGCUUCUUUCUUUGACCAGGAGGUCUGCAGUGUGAGGCCUUCAUCAGCACUCCCUCACCCUCCUCCUCCUCCUCCUCCCCCCUGGUUCCUGUCUGAGCUCUGCACCUGUUCUGACUCGUCAACCAGGUGAAGGAGAUCCUCUGUCCUUACAUUGUUUUUUCAGCUGACCAUAGCUGGAGGGCAAUUAGGAGCCCAGUCUUUUCAUUUGACUAGAUUGCUGCUUUGCUCUGUAUCUCCCACUCUGUCUUUCUUACCCACCUCCAUUCCCUCCCCGUCUAUCCCUACCCCCCUCCCACUCCAUCUCCGUCUAGCCCAGUCUGAGCUGGGUUGACACUGUGGCUACGGUUAAGUGUGGAGCUGCACAAGUUUCCCUGCAGGAGUAAAAGUGCAGAUCACAUGGGAAGGACACAGGAAGCGCAAGAGUGACAUAUAAGCCUUCAAGAGGAUAAAAGACAGAGUUGAAAUUGGAUUGAGCACUGGAAGGCUGAAAUACAGGAGUAAGAAAAAAACUCAAACCAAACCAAAGGAUUCUGCAGUUGGAAGAGUAGCAGGUAUGAAAAGCCAGACUGUGGUUGUGUCUGUGGCUCUGCUGCUGGCCUUGUGUUGCCUGCUGAUCCCCAGAGGAGGGGAGAGUGCUGGGGGGAUAGUUUCUCUCCGGCAGUCUGAAGAGGAGGCACAGGCUGGGGUUCAACUACGAGAUGAGUCCCUGGAUGACCCAGAAAGUGAGCAAGAUCACCCACUGGGGAGCAUCCACAAGGUGAAGAGAGACACAGGAGAGGCUGCCCAGGCGGUCUCCUCAGGUGUUCCAGGCAGAGUGAGGAGAGCACCAGAAGAAGGUAAGAAGAAGAAGAAAGACAAGAAAAAGAAUAAAGAGCCCAAGGACCCCAGUGCCACCAAAAAGCCCAAAGGUGAAAAGAAGAAGAAGAAAGACAAGACGACAACAACCCUUCCACCCACCACAACAGCGAUUCCAACAGAGCCGCCCACAGAGCCGUACACAGACUAUCCCUAUCCCGAUGUCGAUGAUUACUGGAAACCGGAAGAUGACUACUGGGAUGCUGAUCCCACUCCAUCCCAGCCUCAGCCUGAGACCUUGAGUACAGAUCCUCCUUAUGACUACUGGAAGCCAGAGGAAGGAGACACAGCUGGUCCUGUGACAGACACGUAUGAUGACUACUGGAAACCAGAGGAGACAGAUCCAGUAAAACCAGUAACUGAUGGCUAUGAUGACUACUGGAAACCAGAGGAGACAGGUCCAGUACAACCAGUGACUGAUGCAUAUGACAGCUUUUGGAAACCAGGGGAGGAAGACCCAUACGCUCCUGUGACUGACAACUAUGACACCUGGACGGAGCCAGUGGCCACGCCCCCUGCCCCUGAGGUUGAUGGGAGGGCUGGUACAGAUGACAGCGAUUACUGGGAUGCCACAUAUGAAGUUCCAGAUAACCUUCCAUUCCCUGAUGGUAAAGAGGUCAGCCCUGAAAUAGAAGUAGAAACACUUCCAGACGAACCCACAGCCACUCCUUCCUAUGAGAGGAACUGGUACGAUGACUACGACGAAUAUGGAAUGAGAAGGAAAGAAGACGAGACAGACUUAAAAUGGAUGGAAAAAGAAAGAGAGAGAGCAGCGAAGGAAAGAGAGAGGGAAGAGAAGGAGAGAGCGCAGAAACUGAAGGAGGCAGAGGAACGAGCCAGGCAAAGACCACGUGUCUUCAAAGAGCCAAAAAAAUGCCCUCCAUUGGGGUUGGAGUCCCACAAAGUUGAACCAGACCAGCUGUCAGCGUCCUCUGCAGCUCAGUAUCGUUAUGCAGCUCAGAGGGCACGCCUCAACAUGCAGGGCUCAGACGAUGAAGAUAACAUGAGAGGAGGUGCAUGGUGUGCAAACGCAGAGGACAGGAUCCACUGGUUUGAGAUUGAUGCACGCAGGGAAACAGAGUUCACAGGGGUUAUAACACAGGGACGAGACUCACUGAAUGAGAGCGACUUUGUGACGUCCUACUACCUGGCUUUUAGUAAUGACAGCAGAGAGUGGUCCACCAUUCAUGAUGGAUAUGCUGACUGGUUAUUCUUUGGAAACAGUGAUAAGGACACUCCAGUGAUGAACCAGCUGGCAGAACCAGUGCUGGCUCGCUACAUCCGGAUCAUCCCUCAAAGCUGGAAUGGCUCGCUCUGUAUGAGGCUGGAGGUCUUAGGCUGCCCCGUACUUGAUGCAGCUGAAGUCCAAUACAGACAAAAUGAAGUGACCCCUGUGGAUUACUUAGAGUUCAAACAUCACAGCUACUCAGAAAUGGUUUCACUUAUGAAGUCUGUGAAUGACGAGUGUCCCAACAUCACCCACAUCUACAGCCUGGGCCGCAGCUCCAAGGGCUUGGACAUCAUGGCUAUGAUCAUAUCUGGAAAUCCCACAGAACAUGAAAUAGGUGAGCCUGAAAUGCGCUUCACGGCGGGUCUCCAUGGAAACGAGGCAACAGGUCGGGAGCUGCUCCUGCUCCUGAUGCAGUACCUGUGUAAAGAGUACAAAGACAGGAACCCCAGAGCCCAGCGGCUGGUGGAAGGAAUACGUAUUCACCUGGUGCCCUCACUCAACCCUGACGGACACGAAGAAGCUUUUGAAGUGGGAUCAGAGCUCAGUGGAUGGACCACAGGCCACUUCACAGAGGAGGGUUUCGACAUCUUCCAGAACUUCCCAGAUCUGAACAACAUCCUGUGGGAGGCUGAAGAUAAGGGCAUGGUACCGAAACUCAUGCCAAACCAUCAUGUGCCAAUACCAGAGAACUUAGAGACCAACAACUCGAUUGCUGUGGAAACCAGGACCAUAAUCUCCUGGAUGAAAAACUAUCCAUUUGUGCUGGGUGCGAAUUUCCAGGGCGGGGAGAGAGUUGUGGCUUAUCCUUAUGACAGUUUACGUUUCAACAAGCCUGUCGAGAGCCAGAAAAACGUCCACAGCCGCAAGAAGAGACAGUAUGAAGAGGACAGGUAUGAAGAAGGUUUCGAUGUGACAGAGUGGGGAAGGGGCUACCAUGAGGAGCCAGAGGAGGACUGGAGGGGGAGGGGAUACGCAGAGCCAGAGGAGGAAUGGCGGGGGCACGGCUACGAUCAUGGGUACGACCACGGAUACGACCACGGCUACAGUCACGGUUACGAACACAGAGAGGAGGAGGACGACGACAGGAGGAGGGGGGCAGGGUAUCAAUACACCGAGCCUGAGGAUGAGCCACGGGUGACUGCAGAUGAGUCCCUGUUCAGAUGGCUGGCCGUCUCCUACGCCUCCACACACCUGACCAUGACACACAGCUACCACGGCUCCUGCCAGGGAGACAGCGCAGGAGCAGGUCACGGCAUCGUCAACAGGGCCAAAUGGAAACCCAUCACAGGAAGUAUGAAUGAUUUCAGCUACCUGCACACUAACUGUUUUGAGUUGUCCGUCUUCCUGGGCUGCGAUAAGUUCCCACAUCAGAGUGAUUUGUCGUACGAGUGGGAGAAGAACAAAGAGGCAAUGCUCACCUUUAUGGAACAGGUGCAUCGCGGCAUCAGAGGUGUUGUCAAGGAUCAGCAGGGGAACCCCAUAGCAAACGCCACAAUUUCUGUGGAGGGGAUAAAUCAUGACGUCACCACAAGUCCAACAGGAGACUACUGGCGGUUACUGAACCCAGGAGAGUACCGUGUGACGGCACGAGCUGAGGGCUUCUCUCCUGUGACCAAGCUCUGUGUGGUGGGAUACCAAUCAGGAGCAACCGCCUGCAGCUUUAACCUGGCCAAGUCCAACUGGGACCGCAUUAAACAGAUCAUGGCCCUCCAUGGCAACAAGCCUAUCCGCCUGAUCACUCAGGGCAACACCAGAGUGCAGUACGCCACAAGUGUUAACAGCAACAGGCGUGUAGUUGGAAGCAACAAUGGGUAUUCCACAAAUUCACAGGUCAGCCCAGAUCGGUUGAGGCGGCUCAGAAUAGCUCGUCUCCGCCGCCUUCGCCAGCAAAAAUUAAUGAGGUUAAGAUCGACGACAACAUUACCCCCAACAACCACAAUUCCCACAACUCCAGAGACCACAACUUCCUGGUUUGACUCAUGGCCGAUAGGGGAGGGUCAGUCCUCAACACCCGGUGGGUUCACAGACUCCAUCCUAGAUUAUAACUAUGAGUACAAGAUUGAUGACUAUUAAAUCUAACACGUGUCCUGUUCCUAUAAGCACACUCUCCUACUUAUAGUGCUAACCACAAUGUUGAUCAAGAGGAACUCACUUUGAAUGAAAUCCAAGCAAUGAAAUUCAGAGUCAGUUCUUUCAAUGUAACUGUUCAUUGUGUAUAGAAAAUGUAUCUAUUUCUUACACCUGUAAAAAAAAAAGUCCCUUUCCGUAAAUGGACUUAUUAAUUAAUAGUAAACUGGUCACAUUGCAUUGUUAGGGUCUGUUAUUCAGUCUUUUUAUGAAUGCUUUUUGCUUCAUAAAGAGAUCUUUAUUGUGGAUGCACAUUAAAAUCAUGACAUGUUUUACUUCACAACAGUU